CCUGCGCUGCAGCAGCGGCGGUGGCGGUGGAAAAUGGCUGCGGCUGAGCCGGCGGACACUCAGCUGAUGCUCGGAGUUGGGCUGAUCGAAAAGGACACAAAUGGAGAAGUUCUGUGGGUGUGGUGUUACCCUUCCACGACAGCAACUUUAAGGAAUUUACUGCUGAGAAAAUGCUGCCUUACAGAUGAAAGCAAACUUCUCCAUCCCUUUGUUUUUGGUCAGUAUAGAAGAACAUGGUUUUAUAUCACAACAGUCGAAGUUCCAGAUUCUUCAGUUUUGAUAAAGGUGACUCAUUUUUCUAUUGUUCUGACCGCCAAAGAUUUUAACCCAGAGAAAUAUGCCGCCUUCACUAGGAUAUUGUGUAGAAUGUACCUGAAACAUGGGAGCCCAGUUAAAAUGAUGGAGAGUUACAUUGCAGUUCUCACAAAGGGGAUAUGCCAGAGUGAAGAAAAUGGCUCUUUCCUUAGCAAGGAUUUUGAUGCCCGAAAGGCUUAUCUUGCAGGCUCCAUCAAAGACAUUGUAUCUCAGUUUGGAAUGGAAACUGUUAUCUUACAUACAGCGCUGAUGCUAAAGAAAAGAAUUGUCGUCUAUCACCCCAAAAUAGAAGCUGUCCAGGAGUUCACCAGGACUCUGCCUGCCCUGGUGUGGCAUCGACAGGACUGGACCAUACUUCAUUCCUAUGUGCACCUCCACGCGGAGGAGCUGGAGGCCCUGCAGAUGUGCCCAGGUUACAUCGCUGGGUUUGUGGACUUGGAGGUGAGCAGUAGAUCAGACCUCUAUGACGUGUUCGUGAACCUGGCGGAUAGCGAGAUCACCAUCGCUCCGCUUGCGAAAGAGGCUAUGACAAUGGGCAAACUGCACAAAGACAUUGGCCAGCUCAUUGUUCAGUCUGCAGAAGAUCCUGAGAAAUCAGACAGCCAAGUUAUACAGGAUAUUUCCCUAAAAACGAGAGAAAUUUUCACCAACCUGGAACCAUUUUCAGAAGUUUCUGGUGAUGGAGAAAAGCUGGUUCUCAAUUUUGAGGCCCUAAAGCAAAGACGAUUUCCACCAGCAACAGAAAACUUCCUUUACCAUCUCGCAGCAGCGGAGCAGAUGCUGAAAAUCUGAUUGUGAUGACGUAUCACGAAUGAAUGAUCAUUCGCACCACGAUUAUCCACUAUGUAAAAUACUGAAAAUAACAAAAUGUUAUAUUUUUAAUGGUUUAUUUGGAAGUAUUGCGAUUGACCUGAAAGAGUCCUGAAGCACGUAUGAAAACCCUUCCGAUUUUCUUCUGAUUGAUUUCCUGCCUGGGCUCAGUGUUGGACAAAGUGCCGUAACUACUUUGUAUAACGUUAGCAACGGCGUGGCAUCCUGGAGUAAGAGAGAAAAAGCUCUGCCAAGUUCUUGUGCAAAUCACAGCAAACCCAAAAGCCUUCAUUAUGAUAAGUUCCAGUUGUCUACUGCGUAGCCACCAACUAACAGUUUAUUUUCAGAAAGCUGCCAAAAUUUUGCUUCAUAUUCUUCUAGGAAGAACUUUUAUUCCUCAUGAGGAACUCUACUUUCUGAGCCAAACUAAGUUUUCUGCAGAACAGUCUAGGAGAUCAUUCAGAAAAGAUCCUGCAGUUGCACUUUCUUAUAAAAGAAGAGAAUUUUUUUUCUUGGCCUUUGAACAUUUUUGCCUAUAUUGUGAGGAUUUUGCAUAGAUUUUAUACUUGAGUAGACAACUUUAAUAAUCCAUAUUUAUACUGUCGCAGAGGUAAGCAUUUGGCAAACUGAAGCCACUAGUACUCUUUAAUUAACCCUGUUGCUAGCAAUGUUCUUUUAAAAAGAUGCCAGUGAUUAUAUGGUAGAGUAAAAUAAGAUGCCCAUUUUGGGGACGCCUGGGUGGCGCAGUUGGUUGGACG